AUGAGAUUGAAAGGAUCUGGUGGAAUUUACGUGUUUCAAGUAAUAGACUGGUAUAUAGCAGCCAUCACUGUUUAUGUGAUCACUAUUUUGGAAUGUAUUGUUAUUGGUUGGAUUUAUGAUCUCUGUCAGCAAGUAGCUGCAGUUGUUGAACAACCUGUUGCCGACAGACUCUGUCAGUUACAAGGAACUGAAAGAUUUUACGAUGAUCUAGAAGUUAUGUUAGGAAAUCGACCAUCUCGAAUUUUUAAAAUAUUGUGGAAAUUUAUCACUCCAGCUAUUCUUGCGACUGUACUAUUAACUACUCUAACACAAUAUACUCUACCAACGUAUGGUGAUUAUCAGUAUCCAGUAUCAGCAGGUAUUUUAGGCUGGUUUAUAGCUCUUAUUACUGCUCUACCAAUACUUAUCUGGAUGCUGAAAACACUGUUUCAAGCCAAAGGAUCAAUAAAAGAGAGACUUAAACAAAGUUUUCAAUCGAACGCAAACUGGGGUCCCUCAGAGAAGAAAUAUGUUGAAGUAACGAAGGAGAGCCAUAUGUAA